AUGGCCUUCGGAAAGCUUUACGGUCUGCCUGACAACGGUCGCACCCUCUCUGUCCUGGUCGCUGCCAAGCACAACGACCUGGACCUUGAGCUGGUCAAGACUGAGGCCAAGGCCGAUGCCAACACCGGUGCCGAGUACCGUUCCAUUCAGCCCCUCGGAAAGAUCCCUGGAUUUGAGGGUGCCAAUGGCUUCAAGCUCUCCGAGGUUAUCGCCAUCAACAUCUACGUGACCUCCCAGAACGAGAAGACCACUCUCCUUGGCAAGACCAAGCAGGACUACGCUUCCAUUGUCAGCUGGUUGUCCUUCGCCAACGCUGAGCUCCUCCCCCGCUUCGGUGCCUGGUACCGCCCCCUCCUCGGUCUCGAUGGCUACAACAAGAAGACCGUCGACGAGGCCUCCAAGGCUGCUCUUAAGACCAUUGCUGUCCUGGAGAAGUACCUGACCGAGAACACCUACCUUGUGGGUGAGCGUAUCACCCUUGCUGAUACCUUCACUGCCUCCCUUCUCACUCGGGCCUUCGCCACCGUUCUGGACAAGAGCUGGCGCAGCGAGAACCCUGCCACCACCCGGUGGUACAACACCAUCAUCAACCAGGAGCCUUUCAAGGCUGUCUUCCCCAACCCCGUCUUCGCCGAAGAGGUUGUCAAGUACACUCCCCCCAAGAAGGAGGAGAAGCCCAAGCCUGCUGCUGCUGCCCCCGAGCAGCCCGCCGAGGAGAAGCCCAAGGCUAAGCACCCCCUUGAGGCCCUUGGCAAGCCCACUCUCAUCCUCGAUGACUGGAAGCGCAAGUACUCCAACGAGGAGACCCGUGAGGAGGCUCUUCCCUGGUUCUGGCAGAACUACAAGCCUGAUGAGUACUCCCUCUGGAAGGUUGACUACAAGUACAACGACGAGCUGAAGCUCACCUUCAUGUCCAACAACUUGGUGGGUGGCUUCCACGCCCGUCUUGAGGCUUCCCGCAAGUACCUCUUCGGUGCCCAGGCUGUCUACGGUGCCAACUACGCCAACGUCAUCACUGGUGUCUUCCUUGUCCGUGGCCAGGAAGCUGAGCCCGCUUUCAGCGUCGCCCCCGACUGGGAGAGCUACUCCUUCCAGAAGCUCGACCACACCUCCGAGGCUGACCGCAAGACCGUCGAGGACCUCUGGGCCUGGGACGUCCCUGUCAAGGGUGCUGAUGGCCAGGACCUCCCCUUCGCUGACGGCCACGUCUUCAAAUAA